GCCGGGGUCGGGGGGCUGCUCUGCGCGCCCCGCUGCCGUCAUGGGGCUGCAGCCCCUGGAGUUCAGCGACUGCUACCUCGACAGCCCGUGGUUCAGGGAGAGGAUCCGCGCCCACGAAGCGGAGCUCGAGCGGACCAACAAGUUCAUCAAAGAGCUCAUCAAGGACGGGAAGAACCUCAUCGCGGCCACCAAAAGCCUUUCAGCAGCCCAGCGGAAGUUUGCACAUUCACUCAGAGACUUCAAGUUCGAGUUCAUUGGCGAUGCGGAGACUGAUGACGAGCGCUGCAUAGAUGCUUCCUUACGUGAAUUUUCAAAUUUUUUGAAGAAUCUGGAAGAACAGAGGGAAAUCAUGGCACUGAGCGUAACCGAAACCCUGAUUAAACCUUUGGAGAAAUUCAGGAAAGAGCAACUUGGAGCUGUGAAGGAAGAAAAAAAGAAGUUUGACAAAGAGACAGAAAAGAACUAUAGUCUAAUUGAUAAACAUUUGAAUUUAUCAGCAAAAAAGAAAGACUCACAUUUGCAAGAGGCAGAUACCCAAGUGGAGCAGAACCGGAAACACUUCUAUGAACUGUCUCUUGAGUAUGUGUGUAAACUUCAGGAAAUCCAAGAGAGGAAGAAGUUUGAGUUUGUGGAACCAAUGCUGUCAUUUUUUCAGGGAAUGUUUACUUUCUACCAUCAGGGCCAUGAGCUUGCCAAAGACUUCAAUCAUUACAAAAUGGAACUGCAGAUCAACAUUCAGAACACGCGGAAUCGUUUUGAAGGAACGAGGUCAGAAGUGGAGGAACUCAUGAACAAGAUCAGGCAGAACCCCAAGGACCACAAGCGGGCCGGUCAGUUCACGGCGGAAGGCUACCUGUAUGUCCAGGAAAAAAGGCCUGCUCCAUUCGGCUCCAGUUGGGUCAAACACUACUGCAUGUACCGGAAGGCAGCUAAGAAGUUCAACAUCAUCCCAUUCGAGCACAGAUCUGGGGGGAAGCUUGGUGACGGGGACGUGCUCUCGGUGAAGGAAUGCACCAGGAGGCCUGCGGAGUCCUCCGACAGGAGGUUCUGUUUCGAUGUGGAAGCUGCUGACCGGCCUGGAGUUUCCUUGACGUUGCAGGCAUUUUCAGAAGAGGAAAGGAAGCAGUGGUUGGAAGCCCUGGGCGGAAAAGAAGCGCUGUACCAAAGCUUUCAUAGAGCCAUCACCCCAAGGCCAGAAGGAAGUGCACAGUUGGAUAAGAUGGGAUUCACAAUUCUCAAAAAAUGCAUCAGUGCUGUUGAAACACGAGGUAUAAAUGACCAAGGAUUGUACCGAGUUGUGGGGGUGAGUUCAAAGGUCCAGAGACUUCUGAGUAUGUUGAUGGAUGUAAAGACAUGCAAUGAGGUGGACCUGGAGAAUUCCAUCGACUGGGAAGUGAAAACAAUAACAAGCGCCCUGAAGCAGUACUUGAGGAGUCUUCCAGAACCUCUUAUGACCUAUGAGUUACAUGGGGAAUUCAUUGUCCCAGCCAAGAGUGGCAGCCCAGAAUCUCGGGUUAAUGCUAUCCACUUCUUGGUCCACAAACUGCCAGAGAAAAAUAAAGAAAUGUUGGAUAUCUUGGUGAAACACCUAACAAAUGUUUCAAAUCACUCCAAGCAGAACCUGAUGACGGUGGCAAACUUGGGAGUGGUAUUUGGACCGACUCUGAUGAGGCCGCAGGAAGAAACUGUGGCUGCCAUCAUGGAUUUGAAGUUUCAGAAUAUUGUUGUGGAAAUCUUAAUUGAAAAUCAUGAAAAGAUCUUCAGGACCCUGCCGGACGCUACACUGCCUGAGCCUGUGUCCCAGCCCACAUCCCCCCCAAACGCCCCCCCGAGACAGUCGAAGAGACUUGGCCAGAGGAUUAAGAGGCCCGUGGCUGUGUAUAAUCUUUGUCUUGAGCUGGAGGAUGGUGAUGGGCCUCAUCCCCCAAAGGAGGCCACCCCAACCGGCAGUCUAGACUCACUCUCCUCCCCAUCCCCCACAUCAGCAGCUGUCCCAGGGCCUCCUGGACCAGACAGAAACCACCUUCCCACAGAUGGGGGUGCUGGGGACUGGGCAUCUGCCACUCCAAGCCAGACUCGGCCAUCGCUGGUCCAGUGGCUUAACCCACAGAGUCCAAGCACACCAAGUUGCAGUCCAGCUGUUACACCUCCUUCACCCAAGUCCUCACCUUUCCCCAGCCCUCUUCCUGCCUCAGUGGCCGAAAAGCCACCGGAAAGCGCCAGCAGCCGGAAGGCCCGCGCAGUAUACCCGUGUGAGGCAGAACACAGCUCGGAAUUAUCGUUUGAAGCUGGAGCGAUUUUUGAGGAUGUGCAAACCUCGAGGGAACCUGGCUGGCUGGAGGGGACUCUGAAUGGCAAGAGGGGCCUGAUUCCACAGAACUAUGUCAAGCUGCUGUAGCACCUGGCCUGUGAGGACCCCACACGGACCCUGGCCCCAAUCUUCCUCCUCCUGGCUGGAGCCCACAGCCUCCUGGACGCACGCGAACCACACACCACGAUGGCUCUCCAGGGGCGGGAGGGGGCAGACUGCCAGAGCUGGGGAGAGGGACGCACGGCCAGGACUGAGCGCUCUGUGGAGUGGGAGAAGAUUGGCAGAGUGGACUCUGCCCUCGACAAGCCUGGGACUGGCGAUUUUUCCUUCUCCAGCCUCUAGCAGGAGCGGGCGGCGUUUUGUGCCAGCACAACCUUCUCCUCCGCUGGCCGUCACGCCACUGGACUCCCCUGUGCGUCCCUCCGGUAUCUGAAACGGACCUGCCUGCCCUCUGAGUGUUGCUUGCAGGACGUGCUCUUGGCCCAGGCAGGCGAGGCGUGGUAGUGGCCGCUGCUGAAGGCCAGGAAGUUAAGUGAGCCCAGCCCAGAGGUACCAGGAGGUGCCCCUUCCUCACCGGCCUGCUGGAGACCACAGACUCGCUCUCCCCAGGGCACACGGCGUAUUUAUAACAGGCUUCUUGUUGGUGCUUCCCACCUGUGUGCUGUUUUCCAGACACCACCUUUUGCCCCAAGGCCUCUGUAAAUGAAAUAAAAUGUAAUUUACUA